ACACUGACAUUUAAUACUUACAGUGUAAAAUAGACUCAAUAGUGUUUUGUAUUGAUUAUUUAGAUUUUCGGAUGUCCAAUUUCAUAAAUCAUAUUAUUCCUUAUUUAUUAGCUGAUUUGUACGUAAUUGUAGAAGCUCGGAUUAUUUGUUGACAGAAAAAGUUGGUUGGAACCUUAAGUUAUGAGUCCAGUAGAAAGUGUGCCAGUUGCGGUGUUAAACUGCAUUGAUGACUAUGUGGAGUUACUUUAUGAUGAUAUACCAGAAAAGAUAAAAGGAUCUGCACUUAUCCUACAGCUUGCUAGAAAUCCUGACAACUUGAUUGACUUAGCACGAAAUGAGGCAUUACUGAGUGCACUUUCCAGGGUACUACGAGAAGAAUGGAAGAGGAGUAUUGAACUAAGCACAAACAUAGUGUACACAUUUUUUUGCUUUUCCACUUACAAUGAAUUCCAUCCUGUUAUUAUUCAGUACAAAAUUGGAUCCUUGUGUAUGGAUGUGAUUGAUUAUGAAUUAAAGAGGUAUGAUCAAUGGAAAGAGAAAGUAGAAGGAAAGAAACAGGUGGUCACCCCUGAUAAGAAUGAACCUCCAAAAAGUCGUAUUCCUGAACCAAAACGGCGUCCUAAAUCGGGCACCUGGGCCGUCGCCGAUGUCAAUAUGCAAAAGUCUAGGUCUUUGGUUUCCAGUUACCACGAAGAUCUCUGUAGUGCUUCUGACGAAUUCUCAAAGAGUGAUGAAGAACAGAUGAAACGCAAAUUAAAAACAUUAUCAAAGAGACAAGAACAGCUUCUGAGAGUGGCUUUUUACAUGUUACUCAAUAUUGCUGAUAAUAUUAAAGUUGAAGAAAAGAUGCAUAAGAAAGACAUAGUAAACCUGCUCAUUGGCGCUAUGGAAAGACAUUCCAAUAUAGAUCUCCUAAUUUUAAUUGUGUCGUUUCUACAAAAACUUUCGAUUUUCGUAGAAAAUAAAAACAGUAUGGCCUCAAAAGGAAUUGUUGAGAAACUAGCACCAUUGAUGGAUUCUUCUAAUGCUGAUCUAGUCAAUGUAACUUUAAAACUUUUAUUUAAUUUAACAUUUGAUACCAAAUUACGUAACAAAAUGAUCAAACUGGGCUUACUACCAAAAUUCAUACAGUUCACAAGUGACGAUAAGCAUAUAAACUUGGCAAUGAAAAUCCUGUACCAUUUGAGCAUGGAUGACAGGGUCAAAGUUAUGUUUACUCAAUCCGACUGUGUUAAACUGCUAACAGACAUGUUGCUGCUAAACGUAAACGGGGAAAGCAUCGGCAACAAUAGCAGCGGUAACUCAGCGGGGGCCACAGACGUGUUGUUGGCGCUGUGCAUCAACCUGGCGUGGUGCGAGCGCGCCGCCAUACAGAUGAGCGCCGAGGGCCGGCUGCGGGAACUACUCGCGCGCGCCUUCCGACACCGGAACCAUAUGCUCAUGAAACUAGUGCGCAACCUGUCACACCACUCCAAUAACGUACCACUGUUUGUUGAGUUUGUUGGAGAUAUCGCGGGGGCUGUAACCAAUGGCGAUGCUAGCGAAGAAUUCACCAUUGAAUGCCUAGGAACUCUCAACAAUAUAUUAAGCUCUAAUAAUAAUAUUGACACUUACGCCGUUGUCGAACGAUACAAUUUAAUUCCUUGCAUUAUGAAGAUAUUAGAUCCAGAGCGGUGCGCGGCGGCGGAGCUGGUGCUGGAGGGCGUGGUGGCGGCGGGCGCGCUGAGCGGCGAGGAGCGCGCGGCGGCGGCGCUGCUGCGCGCGGGCGCGGCGCGGGCGCUCGUGGCGCUGCUGCGCCUGCGCCAGGCCGACGACGACCACGUGCUGCACACCGUGUUCGCCUUCCGCCAGCUGCUGUCGCAUCCGCGCGCCGCGGACUACCUCGUGUCGCGCACUGAAGCUCCAGCAUACCUUAUCGAUUUGAUGCAAGAUAAGAAUUCGGAGAUAAGAAAGAUGUGCGACAAUUGCCUCGAUAUAAUAUCGCAGAUGCAGAACGAAUGGGCGGCCAGAAUAAAGUUGGAGAGGUUCCGGUGCCACAACGGCCAGUGGCUUUCGGUUGUCGAGACGCUUGGCGCUGAAGGUGGUACUGGCGAUGCCACUGACGACUUACCACCAUAUUUAUCCGCAGAAUACCUUACGACUCAUCGUCUUACUACCUCAGAUUCCCAAACGUCAUUAAAUGAAGACUCCGACAGUUUUUCUGGAGAAGUCAGUAUGCAUCGCGUUAGUAGCCGAAACGCAUUAGACGACCGAGCGGGUGAUUUAUUUAGUGCUACAGAAACUUCGUUACUCAAGGCUUCAGAGACCGACGUGUUCACGAAAGAUAUCAACAUUUUUGCUUAAGUCAUUUGUCUUAUUAGAAUUGUUGUCAUAACCUCAGUAAAAACAACCAGUAAGAAAUGUAACCUGACGUCGUUCAAAUAGUGAUGCAGCUAAUAACUGUUAAAAUCGACAGCGUCAGACACAGUUGCGAUUCUAGUUUGAAAAAUGUAAAGAGUAUUAUAUCAGUCCAUAAUGUACCUACACUAAUCUUAAAUUCUAAUCAUAAAAUAUUAGAUUGUUACCUUUUUGUCACUACCUGUUUGCGUGUAUGUCAUACACUGUUUGGCUAAUGCCAUACCAUAUGUGCUUGGUGAUGUGCAAUUAACGCAUUUUAUUAAGCUUAGUCAAAGUAUUGUGCAAUUUUUUUGUUAUAUAAUGAUAAAUUAUUUAUUUUUGUCGGAUGUAGAAGCACGUCCUUUCUUAGGGAUAUUCAUUUAUUUUCUGCAAAUGAAACAUAGUCAAGAGUUUACAUCAUCAUUUUGCUAAAACUCUGUAAACAAGUGUAAUUUAGAAAGAAUCUUUAAAAUAUUUUGGACAAGGAGCGAUUCGCUGCUACGUAACACAAAUAAGGCCGGCCAUACACGGACUGCUUGAGUAGUUAAGUACUCGAACUGCUUAUUUGUAAUAAACCUUCACUGUCGCACUGCUCUUUUAUAAUUAACUUACUGUCCGCAGCUGGCACUGUACAGUUCUAACAGAAGUUGUCGCAGAAGCAAUAACUUUCAUAUUCUCGGAGACUAGGCGAUACACAGUGAACUAAAGUGUGCGUGGAUAACCGCGCGAUCGCGGCUGUCCCCUUAGAGAUGUUCAAUUGCCUAUGUGGCUUGGCAUGUCUGCAUAAAAUUCUAGUUCUAUGCAGUGGCAACUUGAAGCAGUCGGUACUAAAUGUUUCAGGAAGUCCGGGUACGGCAAGUUUAAGAUACACAGCCUGUUUCUAAUAAGUCUUUGUGAUUUUGAAUGUAUUAAACCUAUUGAAGUCUUAAUUUAUAAAUCCUGUUUAAUAAAAUGUUACGUUACCUUAGUAUUAUUUACAACCAAAUACACAAAUUAACAAGACGCA